CGUGUAGACGACUAAGUCGCUAUGGAAGAGGCCGAUAGAGCUCUAGCAUUAGCGCUACAGGAAGAAUAUGAUAAAGAAUAUGCCAAUCCUGGUGAUGAAUAUGAUCAGUAUGAUACACAAAUGAUAAACAACAAUGUUCUUCAAUCGAAAAAGUUUCAUGAUGGCAAGGAAAAGCCAAAAUCAAUUGUUGAUCCUUCAUGGGAACUUCUUGAUCCAAGCCCUGAUGUCCGUGUGAUGUUUCAAGAAUUUAAUGCCAUGUAUUUCUGGAGUAAAUUAAGCAUGGUUGAAGUUCGAUGGAGUCCGAGAAUGACAUUAUGUGCUGGGUUGUGUUGUUACGAAGGUAGAGGAGGUCUAUGUUCUAUCAGGUUGAGUAAACCGUUACUUCAACUCAGACCAAGAAAAGAUCUUGUUGAAACUUUAUUGCAUGAAAUGAUACAUGCAUUGCUGUUUGUCACUGAUAAUAACAAAGAUCACGAUGGACAUGGGCCGGAAUUUUGUAAACAUAUGUACAGAAUUAACAAAGAAACUGGUACAAAUAUAACAAUUUAUCAUAAUUUUCACGAUGAAGUUGAUCAAUUGCGUCAGCAUUGGUGGAGAUGCCAAGGAUCAUGUCGUACGAAACCACCCUAUUUUGGUUUUGUCAAACGUUCAAUGAAUAGAGCUCCAUCACCAAGAGAUACUUGGUGGCCAAGACAUCAAAUGACGUGUGGAGGAACAUAUAUCAAGGUGAAAGAACCUGAAAAUUUUGGGAAGAAAAAAGACAAAAAGGAGAAACCCAAAGAAAAAGGAGUUAUGGAAAUCACACCGUUUUUGUCACAACAAACUAAGAAAGGUAAAGAACUACGAGACUCUGUUGAACAAACAAAUCCUGUAGUGCAGUCAAGAUCUAACGAUACUGGUGAAUCUUCUAAAACUGGCAAUCGCUUGGGAGGCCAAAUUUAUCAAAAAGAUAAUAGUGGUCGUGGGAUACCAGCACACAGUAGAUUACUUUCUAAAUUUGACAAUAAGGAUAAUAAUAAUACCAAAUUAAAUUCUAAUAUUAAUUUGCUGGAGAGUCCAACAACGGAUAAAAAGCAACCCAGUUUGGAAGAUAGAUGGGGAAACUUACUUUCAGGGAAACGAAAAAACAUUGUUAACAAUCGUGUGGUUCCAAAAAAGAAAGCAAAGGAUGAAAUAACAAUACCCGAAUUGCUAGAGAGAAUGAAGCGAAAAGGAAAAAAGUCUGUUAAUGCGGGUGCUCCAGCUUUUGUUUGCACUCCGGCACUGACAAGUUACAGCAAACGGGCUAUCCAUUUUCAUGAUAGCCAAGAAGAACGUGAGAAUUCACAGUCUGAUAAAGAGAAUAUUAAUGUAAAAAUUCACCCUGUGAAACGUGCAAACACCAUCGGAGUUGAAGACGAUAAAAAAAAUAUCGUAUUUGUUAAAAAAGAAUCUACGGAUGUAGAAAAUAAUGACAUUUUAAAAACGAGUCAUAAAAACAAAAAUAAGGUUCAUCUUCCUUCAUUCGACAGUGACAGCGAUGAAGAAUGUUCUCUUACAGAUGUUCUGAAUAGAAGUAAGAGACAAGAUGGAUCGACAUCUGCUUUAUUACGUUCAAAAAUCGCUAUCAUUUCUGACGAUGAUGAUGAUGACUUACCUGAAAUAGAAUUUUCGUUCAGUCAGGUUUUCGGUAGCAAUGAUGAUUCACAAGGAGAUGUUGCAGAAGCGUCAACUUUAAAAAACGAUGCUGUUACAAGGAUAAAAAGUGGAAGUCUCUCAAAACGGCUCCCAUCUUUGAGUGAGAGUGAUGACAGUGAGACUAUGGUAGGAAACAUGCUGAAAAAACCUGCCAAUAAAAAGUUGAAAAUAGAUGACAAUCCAUGUGGUACUGAAAAUAUUAAUCCUCAUUUGGUAUUUAGCUCUGAGCCUGUAAUCGAUACAGCUCCUUGUCCUAUUUGUUGCAAUGAAGUUCCAAUCAGUACAAUUAACUCUCAUAUUGAUGAAUGCUUGUCUUUAAAAGCGAUAAGAGAUUCUGCAUUUGAUUAAACAGUGUGCUUUAUAUUAAAAGAUUCAUAUUUUUUCAGAACACAAUGAUGUACUGAUCAGGACCUUUUCUCUUCAUUGAUAUUGACGACAUUAUUCCAGUUGAAAAUUUCUGGGUUUUGUUAGUAUUGUACCGAUCUUUUGCCCAUGACUCUAUUCCAGUUGUAUUAAAUUGAGUAGAUUAUGCUUUCUGAAAAUACUUAAUUCAGACAAGAUAAUUUCGGCAAGAAUCUUUGAUUAGCUAGAUGACUUAUUUCAAAUUUGUUGUUAGUGUUGACUCUUAUGGUACAUGCAUUGUGUAUCUUUGUGAAGAUUUGAAAAUCAGGUUUAGUUAUGUAUGCUAUCUAUGGUUAUAUAUUUUAUUGAUAAUAAUACAAUACUAUAACUAUUUUAAUUACCUUAAAACUUUACAAAAAUUUCUGUAAAUGGUUGAAAUAUUUAUUAUCCCUUAUUUUUUUUAGUCAAUCGUCAUUCCAAGAUUUUUAUAGAAUUUUGUUUCACACACAUAUAUAUCGAUUUAUUACUAGGCAGACAUCAUUCUAGAACGCGUCCAGAAGUUUGGAAAUGAACAUUUUUGCUCUAUACCAUUGUUAAUACUUCUUGAUAUGCACUUCAGUGGUUAAAUUUUUGUUCAUGUCAAUUUUUGUUCAUUCAAAUAAUGUUGUCAAAAACUGAAAAUGUUUAAUUUUUGUAUAUUUUAUAUACAAUAUUCUUAAAUUUUAUUUCUCCUUAUAAAUUAAUACAGUUAUAGUCAUUGCUGCUUGUGAAAAUUGUUAGUCUUGUUCCAAAAUGAAUAAGAAUGUCGUAUCAGCCACCAUUUCUUUAUAGCUUUUCUGACGCACUUUGUGGUCUAUAAUCUGUGCAAUAUGGUUUCAUUACAUUGUGACUAUUUUACCUGCAGUCUUACUUACCAUUAUUCAGGAAAGUUACAGUACUCUUCUCAAUAGCAUUCAAUUUUUCAUUCACCUUGUUUAUUCGUGCACAUAACCAUUUCGUUUCUUCUU